CUCGAACUCCACUUAAGACGCGGCGCUGCAGGCGGAAUCCCCGGCUUCUGGGGCGGCGAGUGGUCUGGCAGGGCGCCGAACGUGUGGGGCGGGAAAGAAGAGUUGAGCGACCUCCCGGGCGCCGGGCUCCGUAGGCCGGCUGCAGGCCCGCAGGCCGCCCUCCCGCGCCUCGCCAGUGCGCACCCUGGCCGUGAGCACCUGCGCGGCGAGGGGCCGCUGGGCGGCAUGAAGGUCACGUCGCUCGACGGUCGCCAGCUGCGGAAGAUGCUGCGAAAGGAGGCGGCGGCGCGCUGCGUGGUGCUGGACUGCCGGCCUUACCUGGCCUUCGCCGCCUCCAGCGUGCGCGGCUCGCUCAACGUCAACCUCAACUCGGUGGUUCUGCGGCGAGCCCGCGGCGGCGCGGUGUCUGCGCGCUACGUGUUGCCCGACGAGGAGGCGCGCGCGCGGCUCCUGCAGGAAGGAGGAGGCGGCGUGGCUGCCGUGGUGGUUCUGGACCAGGGCAGCCGCCACUGGCAGAAGCUGCGCGAGGAGAGUGCCGCGCGAGUCGUGCUCACCUCGCUGCUCGCCUGUCUGCCCGCUGGCCCGCGGGUCUACUUCCUCAAAGGAGGAUAUGAGACCUUCUACUCAGAAUAUCCUGAGUGUUGCGUGGACGUAAAACCCGUUUCACAAGAGAACAUAGAAAACGAGACUGCCCUCAUCAGCCAGUGUGGGAAACCAAUGCUCAGCAUCAGCUACAGGCCAGCUUAUGACCAGGGCGGCCCAGUUGAAAUUCUUCCGUUCCUCUACCUUGGAAGUGCCUACCAUGCAUCCGAGUGCAAGUUCCUCACCAACCUGCACAUCACGGCCCUGCUGAAUGUCUCGCGGCGGACCUCCGAGGCCUGCAUGAGCCGCCUACACUACAAAUGGAUCCCCGUGGAAGACAGCCACACAGCUGACAUUAGCUCCCACUUUCAAGAAGCAAUAGACUUCAUUGACUGUGUCAGGGAAAAGGGAGGCAAGGUCCUGGUCCACUGUGAGGCUGGGAUCUCCCGUUCACCCACCAUCUGCAUGGCUUACCUCAUGAAGACCAGGCAGUUUCGCCUGAAGGACGCCUUCGAUUACAUCAAGCAGAGGAGGAGUGUGGUGUCGCCCAACUUUGGCUUCAUGGGCCAGCUCCUGCAGUAUGAAUCUGAGAUCCUGCCUUCCACGCCCACCCCUCAGGCUCCCUCCUGCCAAGGGGAGGCAGCCAGCUCUUCCUUCAUAGGCCAUUUGCAGACACUGAGCCCUGACAUGCAGGCCUCCUACUGCACAUUCCCUACCUCAGUGCUGGCACCAGUGACCACCCACUCGACGGUCUCAGAGCUCAGCAGGGGCCCCAUGGCCACCGCCACAUCCUGCUAGAACUUAAUGGGGCAACCCGCCCAGCCCCAAGAACAACUGUGAUUUUGUUUUUUAAACUCGUGAACAUUUCAUACCUGUGCAAUACUGAAGACCCUGCUCUGUCCCACCACCCCAGUGGGUUGGUAAGGGGUCACCAGGCUUGCAAACCAAUUUCAGACUGACCUCGGGGAUAGGUUCUUGGGAACUGAAGGAAGGCCAAGCCAUCACAAGAGCACAGCCUGUGCUGACUACUGUACUUCCAGACCCCCUGCCCUCUCAGGACUGCCCAGUCCUGGCACCUCAAAGUUCGCCUUUUCAUUUCAAGCGUAAGGCAAUAAACACCUGCAACAACCUGGGAGAAAGCAGUUGCUAGACUGCAAGAAAAGGCAGUUAUGAUGCCACUGCAUCCUGAAGGAAGCACAAUCUCCACCUUACUUUUUUAACUUUGGCAGUCUUCGUACCUGUCUGUCGCUUCAGGGAAUAGCUGAUCAUCUAGUCAGGAAAGGAACACUCCAGGGUUCAUAGGGACCCAAUAUAUAUGCCCAUUCGAACCCUCAUAUCUUUUUGAGAUUUUCUCUUGGGUCCCAUGGAGACAGUUUGUUGAGGUAGCAAGACAUUGACAUUUCUGGGUUGCCUUUUCACUGUGGGUUCUUCCCUGACUUUGGACUUUGGCAUGACUCUUACUCAUACUUGAACCUUUCUCGUUGCACCUCUACUCAAAGCAACUCUUGUAUCCUUUUGAAGAGUUUUUAGACCAUAGACCAAAAAUCACCCGUUUGAGGUGGUGGCAGCGCGUACCAGGAGAAAAAGGGUAGCUACUGCCCGGGUCAGUGUCAUUGACAGUCUUUUCCCCAGCUUGCUGUUCUUGUAUGUGCUUGUCUUGUCUCUUGUGACACUUGUUUUCCUCCUACCCGUGAGGGUUGUCUUCAAGCUGUUGAUUUCACAGUGUGGUACUACUUUUUUGUCUAUAGGUUAUUUCUCCAGGGGAAAGGCAAUAAUUUCUUUAAAUCCAUACGAAUGUGAAGAGAAGCAGUAUGUAACUGGUUGCUGUUGUUGUUCUCGGUUUUUUAUAGUGUAAAAUAAAAAUAGUAAAAAGAAAC